UACUCCCUUUGCUGACGUCAGAUUCAGCUUCAGUAAACUGCUUAGCCGGAAGGAAAGAUGGCGGAUCAUGAGGAGCAGCUAUCUGAUGAGGAGAAGGUGCGCAUAGCAGCCAACUUCAUCAUUCACGCACCUCCAGGAGAAUUCAACGAGGUCUUCAACGACGUGCGGUUGCUGCUGAACAACGACAGUCUUCUGAGGGAGGGAGCCGCUCAUGCGUUUGCACAAUACAAUUUGGACCAGUUUACUCCAGUAAAAAUCAAUGGGUACGAAGAACAGGUCUUAAUCACGGAACAUGGCGACUUGGGGAACGGCAGGGUCCUGGACCCCAAGAACAAGAUCUCCUUCAAGUUCGACCACUUGCGGAAGGAGGCGAGCGACCCGCGGCCCUACGAGGCGGACGGCGGCAUGGAGGGCUGGCGGACCGCGGUGGACGCGGCGGUGCGGGCGUACGUCAAGGAGCACUACCCCAGCGGCGUGUGCACCAUUUAUGGUAAAACUAUUGAUGGGCAACAAACCAUUAUUGUGUGCAUCGAGUGCCAUCAAUUUCAACCAAAAAACUUCUGGAAUGGACGCUGGAGGUCAGAGUGGAAGUUCACUGUUAGCCAGUCCUCCACUCAAGUGGCAGGAAUCAUGAAGAUCCAGGUUCACUACUACGAAGAUGGCAAUGUUCAGCUGGUGAGCCAUAAGGAAGUGCAGGAGUCGAUGACCAUUUCUAAUGAAGCGCAAACAGCAAAGGAAUUCAUAAAGAUCAUGGAGGCAGCAGAGAAUGACUACCAGACCGCCAUUAAUGAGAAUUACCAGACCAUGUCGGACACCACAUUCAAAGCCUUACGCCGACAGCUCCCCGUGACCCGCACCAAGAUAGACUGGAACAAGAUCCUGAGCUACAAGAUCGGGAAGGAGAUGCAGAACGCCUAAAACCCCGCUGUGCAUGUGACUGGAAUCGCUGUACUGUCCUUGUAUAAAUUACGCAAAUAAAAAGGGGGUUCAGUUUCACCAAAUUUAAAACCAUCGGAUGCACACAAAAAUGCCUGCGUUUAACAUUUUAUACAGAUGCCAUUAAAACCUCACUGUAACAUUAUUCCUGGGAAUAUAAAUUGCUAGUGCAACUUAUUGGGGUGGUGGGGGUGGGUUGUCCAAAUGUUUUUAGGUACAAAACCUCCCGAUAGUUCAGGCCUCUGGUACUUGUUGUGGAAUUGAAACCACAUCUUAUAGUGAUUAGCAAGAAACAAAAACAGACCUAAAAAGAUAAAAUACAUUAUUUUAAGAAUCCCUCUCUAUAUGUAGUCUAGAAUGAACACAUGGAAGAUAUCUGUAAUUUUCUGCCCAAGCAGUCCUUGUUUGUCACCAGAUGUACUUGCUCAUUGUGUUUCAAUUCAUUGUAUUCCCUUUGAGCAAAACUCCAUGCAGCUGUGGGGAAACUAAUUCUGUCUUGAAAAAACAUGCGUAAUUGCACUGAUGUUUAUUGUGCAUACAAUUAAUGACUUACAUUUGUAUUUCAUGCCCCCCAGGUUCUUAUUUUUAGUAAAAUCAGACAUGACUGUAUUAUAACAAGACACAUUGUAAUAUAUAACUGUAUUAAAAUCUUGUCUGUCGGUUUCGUGAUUUAUUUCUUCUUGGAAUGAACUGUUAUACAACCUUAAUUAUGUUGCAUUAAAAUUACAGAUUUUCUAUUUAA